CUCAAUGGCAUGGGUCCUUUUUAAAUUACACUGUGCUUCCGUGUUUACGAACAGCAGAAGCGCGAGUAUUUUACAUUCGAAGAAUCCAGAUGAUCAUAUUUUUUAAAAAAAAUUAAGCUCUCUUGAAUAGAUAUAAACGAACUACUGCAUCGUGCACAGGGAAUACUUUCAAGUCACUAUGAAGGACAUAGAAAUUAAGGGCAUGGUUUCUGCUCAUGCCAUCAUAGCAAUAACGAUACUGCUGGCAACACUUGCUCCAACUCUUUUUGUCGACAACUAUUCUGUCUAUGGGACACACUUGGUGUGGCUGUAUUCCUGUUGCUCUGCAGUUGCUGCGGUAAACAUUGCACUGUAUGCUCUGCUUGGUGUUAGUCCAACACCUAAAAGACAUACUUUGAGCUAUAAGGUGACAAAACUCUUCAGGUCCUUCAUGUAUUUUGGGUUUUCCUGCUUGAUUUUUCACGGGAUUGUGGUCUUGUAUGGUGCACCCUUGAUUGAGUCAGCUUUGGAGACCUUCUCUUUUGCUGUUUUGCUGUCAACCUUUACCACGUUGCGCUGCAUCUGUAUGCUUGGGCCAAAUGUUCAGGCCUGGAUAAGGGUAUUCAGCAAAAAUGGGGCAAUGUCAAUUUGGGACACCAGUUUGCAGAUCACCACACUAUGCAGUGUGAUUGGAGCCUGGUUUGGUGCAUUUCCCAUCCCUUUAGACUGGGACAGACCCUGGCAGGUCUGGCCAGUCUCCUGCACACUGGGGGCAACUUUUGGCUUCGUCAUGGGACUCCUCGUUGCACCCUCAUGGAUUUACUGGUACAGGAAGCAUCUGACCUAUAAGAGCAAAUAAAGCUGCAAACGGAACAGUGAGUCCCAGUGACGGAUGAUGGCACCACUCCACGGCAGAGGAUAAAAAGAAGUCUGUGUGGGUUCGGGCAGCCCCUUUGCCACUAGCCUGAUGAGUGUUAAACUCGAUGACAUUUUUUUCCUCUUUGUUUAUAUUUUUAAAGCAACUGAACCUCUGCAGAAUGUCUUACAGACAACCUCGCUUCUUAGACAUAAGAGUUUCUUCAGUGUAGAGAAGAUUGGUGUAAAAGCUGGUAAGGCAUUGAGUGGGUUAAAUCCUGGACAAAACAUGCCUGAGGGAGGACACUUUCAGAACAUAUUAAAUUAAUUUUAUAAAA